CUCGAGCUUACUGUCAAAAUGGCGAUCCCAAAGCACCCUUAUGUGCCAACAGAUUUGGUGUUACCCGGCUUCGUGCCGAACGUACUAGCCUAUGAGACUAUCUUGGCUGUCUUCUUUGGCUGCUCGGCACUGGUUGUUAUAUCUAUGUUUGCCCUGACAGGCCGCUACAAGUACCUGACAACCGUCGAGAGGCUUUGGGCUGGCUGGUGGAUGUGCACUGGUAUAAUACAUUUUGUUAUCGAAGGGAACGUGGUUUUGAAUAGCAAGUUCUACCAGGACUAUAGCGGCAACAUAUUGAACGAAAUCUGGAAGGAGUAUUCGAAGGCAGACUCGCGAUAUGCAACCCGUGAUGCGUUCAUCGUCACCAUGGAGGGUGUUACAGCCUUUGCCUGGGGCCCCCUCAGCUUCCUGAUUGUCUAUGGUGUCCUGUACCGCACCGCCUGGCGCUUUAGUGCCAUGAUCCUGGUGUCUCUUGGCCAGCUCUACGGAGAUGUGCUCUACUACCUGACAUGUAUUUAUGAAGGAGUCCACAAAUAUAGCCGACGCGAGCCGCUAUAUUUUUGGGGUUAUUUCAUCGGCGCAAAUGCCAUUUGGAUCAUUGUGCCAGUGAUUUGCAUCAUUUACUGUGCAGCAAAUAUUAAUGCAGCUGUGGCGGCGUCAGGGAAGCUCAAGGUGAAGAAGGUUAAAUAAUAAGAGCCAUGCCUGGCCCAUGGGUCAGAAGCACGCCACCUCUGGGAUUGCAAGCGCGCGCGUUAUCCAUGCUCAAUAUAUGAUGGCGAACGAAUUCCUGCAAGCGGGAUGUUACAUAUUAGAGCCUAAUUGCCAGACUUUCUUGGAGGGGCCAUUCGCUUCACCCAUUACAGCUUGUGUUUCCGUGAAGCGUAAUAUGUAUGUUCAAUUUGUAAUAGAUUUGCGUGGCUGUGUAUUCAUUUCGAAAAUGGAACUAGCGACUGUGUACGACGUGGAAUCGCAGUCAACCAAACUCGAUCCGUUUGACAGUUUGAUAGCAUUCAAUUCCUGAGCAUUGCGAGACGAGUAGUGAUGCGAAUCCAUAUGAUGCGAAUUCAUAUUAUCCGCACCCGCAAACAUUUUUAAUAAGAGAGCAAGGGUUGCGAGGGUUUCCCUGGACAAAAGUCUUGCAUAUAGUCAUAAAAACUUUGUUAGCUUUCCGUAUGGCGGAUGCGGGCCCCUCGGAUGCUGCUGGACCUGGGCCGAGCAGCAAAUCUCAAGAGCGAAAUGAGCCACACGCAGCAAGGCCAACUCCGGAGGAACUUGAUCCAGAUGAUUUGAUGAAGGCAUUUUUCUCCGAUCUGAAAGAAGUCGAUCGCGAUAAUGAGGUUAAUCGAAUCCUGUGGGCAUUCAAAUUGAAUCCGUUCGAGAAGCUCAACCUGCGGUUUGACGCGACCCCAGAAGAUGUGAAGCGGCAAUUCCGCAAGCUCUCUCUCAUGGUGCACCCGGAUAAAUGCAAGCAUCCGCAGGCGUCGACUGCUUUCGACAUCCUUGGAGAUGCACAGAAGGAGCUCCUCGAUGACGAAAAGCGGGAAUCCCUGCUAAAGGUCUUGGACGUAGCGAAGGAGGAGCUCCGGAAGGAGCGGCGCAAGGAAACGAAGCAUGAUAACCUCGUACGCGUUGCGAGCUUACUGCACGAGGAAGGGCGAGACGGCAUUGAAGCGGAGUGGGAGAAGUCGGAGGAAUUUCACGAGCGCUGGAAGAUGAAGGCUCGUGAUGUGCUCGCACGUUCGGAGUGGCGGAAGCGGAAACUUGGGAAGCGGCUCAAAGAGGAGACCCUGCGCCUUGAAGAGAAGGAGAAGGAGGUGAAGGAGCGCGUCAAGGCUAAAAAAGAACACGAGAAGCAGUGGGAGAACACGCGUGACCAGCGUGUUAGCACCUGGCAUGACUACCUUAAAGGCGGUGGCAAUAAGAAGUCAACGGGCAUGGUGAAGCCUCCGAAGUUGAAGACAAAUGACGAGGAAAAAUUAUAUGUACAACGUCCUGUCGGGGAGCAGCACAGGCCACCGCCACCGAAGUCGGCAGGACCAAAGAAAGAUUGAAAUGUUGACAUUAGUGUCAGUUUUGUAAUAUAUACUAGGGUUUGGCACUACUGGUAAGGCGCGACCAUUGGCCCCGGGAUGUCCCAGGAUCGAUCGGGCCGACCGGAAUGGAGUUGUGCCGCUGUCGACCCGGCAGAUACCGUUGGAUGGUGGGUGCGGAACCUGAGCGAUCCACUGAGAAGUUGACUAGGGUGACUGGAUGAGGGUGCCCCGAAAUACCGGGGUAUGCUGGGUAUUAGCCAUGGGCUUGUUUCACACAUCAUACUGGUCGCGUGGACUGUUGAGAAUAUCGAAAAAGUAGUAUAUCGUGAGAAAGUUUAAUUUCAUUACAUUUGUUAUGUUCAAAUGCGUAU